CCAAAUCCGAAGCCCACACACUACAAAAAAACACACUCAGAAAAAGAGGGGUGUAUGGUGCGUGGAAUCGGCGGUUUUGCACAUAUCUCGACACCACUUCUGUUCGUCUUCUUCGCAUUUCCAAUUUAUAUGUUUUGUACCUUUCCUUCUGUAUCAAUCCAUCCCAACGGCUAGUUCCGACUGUAAACUUUGUACCCGAGGAUCGUGAAGUAGUUUAGUGAUUUGUUUUGCAUCUGAUUUCGGUUGCCAAUUGUGUAGUAGUGAUUUUGUUUUGCGUUUGAUUUCGUCUGCGUUCAAUGGAGCACCAAAAGAAUCACAAUGAUGAAAUGUGGGACUGGAAAUGCGAAGAAUACGGUUUGCAACUAGAUGUACCUAAUGGACUCUGGAACAAUGUAAGUGAGAAUGAUGAAGAUCUUUCAUAUGUGUUUGAUGAAACAACCCCAGUGAAGUCCUGUGGUGAUUUAGCCUAUCAAGUUACUGAAAAUGGAACUGUAAACAAAGGAGUGGAGUAUUGUAGGGAAGCUUCUUCCCAAGCAAAGAGACGCCGAAUGCUGCAUUUUGAUGAUGAAGUUUUGGAUUCAGAUGUUCUUCCACUUUGUGAUGAGGAUUUCUCAUCCAACUUUUUGAAGUCUAAGGAGAGGGAAGACUCAUUGGAUGAUGCCUUUUCUGAUAUGGCGCAAUGGGUGUCUGGAUUUGCAGAUGAUAUGUCUGCAUCUGCAUCUGGUUAUGAUGGUUUGGAACAGUCUUCAGAUGGAUGGCUGGCUGAUUGUCUAGUAACUGACUCUAUGACUUUAUCUGGGACCUCAAAUAUCCAGAUGAAUCUUACAGAUUCGGAUAAUUCACAACCCGAGAUUGGAAGUAAUAAUAUGGUUCAAGAACGCACUCCUACUCGUCACAAUGUCAUUUUCAAAGGGAAAAAGUCAUUGAUUAAGACACCUACACAGAUGAAUUCAUCGGUUGUUCUUCCAUUUGCAUUUGUAAAACCAUGUGGAGGUGUUGAAGGAGCAGUUACUCUUAAAGACAUAAACCAAAAGAUCUUGACUCCACCACCAUCAAAAUCCAAGAAAUCUUAUGAAGAAGAUCAUGUAAUAUCAUAUCCUACUUCUGCUUUCUCAGGGAAACCCAUUGUUGGAAAAACUAAAAUCCGCACUGAAGGUGGGAAAGGAAGCAUUACAAUUAUGAGAACAAAAGGAUGAUGAUUGUUGGAUAAGGAUAAAUAACUUCCGUUUUAUGUUUUUUGUAGAGAGAGCUUAAAUUAAUUAAUUAAACAAAAAAAGAAAGAAAGAAAGAAAGAAAGAAAGAUGAUUUGUCAUCUAUUAAGGUGCUUUAGGUGGUGGAUUCCUGAAUUGAGUGGAAUC